AUGAAGGUCUUCAACAUCGUUCUUGUCGCUAUUUUUGCAGCUAUCACCAUCGCAGCUGCUGUUGCCGAUCCCGAGGCUGCUUUGGCAGACAGCAUCAUUGAGAAGCGUUGCAAAGCCACUGGCAACGCUUGCACUCUUGGUACUCAGUGCUGCAACGGAGCAUGUGUUGCCACCGGUGUCAACAAAUUCGCCAAACACUGCAACUAA